UCUCUGUGAAUUGGCCUUUCGAAUUUAGAUGAAGAAGAUGAUUUUCUUUAAAAAAAAAUGGCUAAUGCAGGCCAUUAAGGAGACCAACUCUUUGUAAAUUAUUCCCCAAAGCAUGAUCUCCACCUCCCCUUCUAAAUGUUUAUAAUGCCAUGGUGAUUCACCACAAGGCCUAAGAAUCGAAUUGAAUCGAAUCGUCGGCAGUGUGAAGUUGAGUAGUAGCUAGCUCGGCAUGGCAGGCUUUGGCUCUCCUUGUGGUGCAUGCAAGUUCUUGAGGAGGAAGUGUGUGAGAGGAUGUGUGUUUGCUCCCUACUUCUGCCAUGAGCAGGGGGCUGCACAUUUUGCAGCCAUUCACAAAGUCUUCGGGGCGAGCAAUGUCUCGAAGCUCCUCCUCCACCUCCCGGUUUCCCACAGGUCUGAGGCUGCCCUCACCAUUGCCUAUGAAGCUCAAGCCAGGCUGCACGAUCCUAUUUACGGUUGUGUGGCACACAUCUUUGCAUUGCAACAGCAAGUUGUGACUUUGGAAGCUCAAAUUGCUUCAUUAAAAGCUCAAACAUCAAGGCUCGAGGAAGAGGAGUCAAGUAACAAGUUCCUGCAGUAUGAAAUAGGCGAGGACUAUUUCUUGCCCCGCGAAGUGAGCAUGACCCAAUCUUCAGUUUCAGAUGCCAAUAUGAACCCUGAAGUGAUGUUGUUGUACCAUGACAAUGGCCUUCUCGAUUCGAAUACUUUACGACCUUCUCAGCAUUCGUAUAUGAGACACACUGAUCAGUCCUCAUUCACCAUGGAUGACAAUUCGUCGUGUGCCAUGACCUCACUUGACCUUCAAGCAAAUGCAAUGAGAUCGACAUAUCAUGAUAUGGAUGACCUUCACUCAGUGGCAUUUGGUCAUCUUAAUUGUGCAUGAGAAACUUAUAAGAAGAAUGAUUUCUUGGUCAAAUAUGACAACCGAUUAGGCUUGUCGGUGUAUGAUAAAUGAAACGAUAAAGCUGAAUUGAAUCGAACUUAUUCAGGAUAUA